CUUUCAAAUUACAAAGGAGAGAUACCAAAACUUCUGUAUCAUCUCAUGAGAACAGCAAACUUGUGCAAGUUAUGCCUACAAAGCCAAGACUCUCUCUCCGUCGUACUCUCAAAAGCACUAUCUUCAGCAAGAAACUCCAGAGAUCUCCACACAGUUCAUUCGCUGUUAGUCACUUUAGGACUCGACCAGUCUGUCUUUUUCUCCGGCAUACUCAUAAGGAAAUACGACAAAUUCAAAGACCCACUUGCUUCUUUAUCAGUUUUUCGCCGAGUUUCCCCUACUAACAAUGUUUAUCUAUGGAAUACAAUCAUUAGAGCAAUGACCCGUAAUGGGUUGUUCUCCGAGGCUCUCAAUUUGUACACCCAGAUGCGAAAAUUAAGGGUUUAUCCCGAUACGCAUACUUUUCCGUCUGUUAUUAAUGCGUGUGCUGGUUUAGCAGCUUUUGAGAUGGGAAAAAUUGUUCAUGACCAUUUAUUGCAAAUGGGUUUUUGUUGGGAUCUGUAUAUAGGUAACGCAUUGAUUGAUAUGUAUUCGAGGUUUAAUGAGUUGGAGAGAGCGCAAAACGUGUUUGAAGAAAUUCCCCAAAGAGAUGUUGUUUCUUGGAAUAGUUUGAUUUCGGGUUAUAGCUCAAAUGGGUAUUGGGCAGAAGCAUUAGAAAUUUAUCACCAAUCAAGGAUGGUAGGUUUGGUACCAGAUUCUUUUACAGUUUCAAGUGUUUUACCGGCAUGUGGCAGCUUGGUGGCCGUGGAAGAGGGUGAGAGAGUUCAUGGCUUGAUAGAGACGAUUGGGAUCAAGACAGAUGUAAUUGUGAGCAAUGGGCUUCUUUCAAUGUAUUUUAAAUUUGAUAAGUUAAUGGAUUGUUGGAGAGUUUUUGAUGAGAUGCUAGUCAGAGACACAGUUACUUGGAACAUUGUGAUAUGUGGAUACUCACAAUCGGGCUUGUAUGAGGAGUCAAUCAGGUUCUUUUUGGAAAUGGAGCGUGAAUUCAAACCAGACCUGCUAACCAUCACUUCUGUCCUCCGUGCUUGUGGUCAUGUUGGGGACUUGAAAUUGGGAAGUUACAUUCAUGACUACAUGAUGAGAAAUGGAUACGAAUGUGAUACUACAACUCAGAAUAUUAUUAUUAAUAUGUAUGCUAAUUGUGGUAAUUUAGUAGCUUCACAGGAAGCUUUUGAUGCGAUGAAAAAUAAGGAUUUGGUGUCAUGGAACUCGCUGAUUAGUGGUUAUGUCAAUUAUGGAUAUUAUGAGGAAGCAAUGAAGCUUUUAAAGAUGAUGAAGAUGGAGUUGCAACCAGAUUUUGUCACUUAUUUGAUGCUUCUGUCUAUGUCUACUCGGCUAAUAAACAUAAAUCAUGCCAUGGAACUCCACUGUGAUAUAAUUAAAAAUGGAUUUGAUUCAACUUUAGUUGUGGGUAAUGCUCUUGUGGAUGUCUACGCUAAAUGUGGCGAAUUAGAGAAUUCACUGAAGCAAUUUGAAAACAUGAAAGUUCAUGAUACAGUAACAUGGAAUACCAUUAUUGCUGCAUGUGGUCAUUGUGAGGACUGCAGUCUAGGAUUCAGAAUGAUUAGUAGAAUGCGAAUUGAGGGGAUGAUGCCAGAUGUUGCUACCAUGUUAGGUACCUUGCCUUUGUGCUCCUUAUUGGCUGCCAAAAGACAAGGGAAAGAAAUGCAUGGCUGCAUUUUCAGGUUAGGGUUUGAGUCAGAUGUUGCGAUUGGGAAUGCUUUGAUUGAAAUGUACUCUAAAAGUGGAUGUUUGAUGAAGUCAAUCUUAGUUUUUGAGCAUAUGAAAGUUAGAGACAUAGUGACAUGGACUGCGUUGAUCUCUGCAUAUGGAAUGUAUGGCGAAGGCAGGAAAGCUCUUAGAGCUUUUGAGGAUAUGAAGAAAACAGGUGUUGUUCCAGAUCAUAUUUUGUUUAUUUCCAUCCUAUAUGCAUGUAGCCAUUCACGUUUGGUCAAAGAAGGUCGAGCUUGCUUUGAUAAGAUGAAGCAAGAAUACAACAUUGAGCCUAGAAUUGAACAUUAUGCUUGUGUGGUUGAUCUUCUAUCAAGGUCUGGGUUCAUAGCUGAAGCAGAGGAAUUUGUUCUUGCCAUGCCAUUGAAGCCGGAUGCAAGUAUAUGGGGAGCUCUACUUAGUGCGUGUCGAGCAAGUGGCGACAUCAAGAUUGUAGAACGGGUUUCAAAACGUAUCAUUGAAUUGAAUUCAGAAGAUACUGGAUAUUAUGUUUUAGUGUCAAAUGUAUAUGCAAUCCUAGGGAAGUGGGAUCAAGUGAGAACGAUUCGAAAGUCUUUGCAAGACAGAGGACUUAGAAAAGACCCUGGAUGUAGUUGGAUAGAGAUUCAAAACAGGGUAUAUAUUUUUGGCACUGGAGAUAGGUUUUUUGAACAAUAUGAACAGGUCAAUAAUUUACUGGAGACCCUUGCUGGUAUAAUGGCCAAGGAAGGUUAUGUUGCUGACUUGAAAUUUGCUAUACAUGAUGUUGAUGAGGAUGAGAAGAGAUACAUGCUUUGUGGGCAUAGCGAAAGGCUUGCCAUAGCAUUUGGAUUGUUAAAUACGAAACCUGGUACCCCUUUGCAGGUAAUGAAGAAUCUUCGGGUUUGUGGAGAUUGCCACACGGUGACUAAGUACAUAUCAAAGAUUGUCCAACGAGAAAUAUUAGUUAGAGAUGCCAAUCGCUUUCAUUUAUUCCAGGAUGGAAACUGUAGUUGUGGAGAUAAUUGGUGAUGGAAUGCAUUGUUCUAUCACUGGUUGAUGACUGAAGCAGAUCUUCCACAGUAAAGAGUUAAAGAAAUAAACAUAGCUGCAUUAUAUUUGCAGGCAGGAAUAAUCAUCACCAUCAAUGUACAAGUUAUUUCAGAAUUGCUGGACAUCACUUUUGUGUCGAUCAUCUGGUAGAUGUUUUUAAAUUGCUACCCAAAAUAUAUAAUUUGUUUGGCAGUAGACUCACAAUAAGCAAUUUUAAAUGAAUGAAAUAUAUUUUCCUUGCAGACCAUUACUCACUUUAUACAUCUAAAGGUCAACCAGCCAGCCAUAUCAAUUGGAUGAUGUUUGU